CCUCGCCCGAAUGGGACUUCGGCGGCUCCCCAUUUCCUUUCUUUCCGUCGUGUCUCACCGAAUGCUAGUCUUCUCCCUUUCGACCUCGGCGAUUGGAAUCGGCAUCCAUCGCCCCUUCCGGUGACUUAGGGAUCCAAUUUUCAGUCGGUCGAAAUCCUCCUCAGGUGAAAGUAGCAUUACGGAUCCACAGAUUCUCUGUCAGUUUGGUGGGAAAAUAAUGACUCUUAUUUUGCGGGGGACCUAAUAUCAUUUGGAAGAAUUGAUAUCCUGAAAGGAAAUGGGAGUUGUGACUUUUACUGCUUGAGAUGAAGGCAGUAUGUGCCAGUGGGCUAUCCAGGUUUCUGCUAGCAACGAUAGUCUGAUACCGCAUGUCCAACACUUGCAAACACUACUAUAUUAUGGUGAAAUCCCAAUAGGCAGAUGGAAUCCUGAUUCUUGGUUUAGGCAGCUUUCUCAAAUGAGAACUCAAUUUUAAGAGAAUCUCCAAGCAAUCUGUUCAUGGAAUCUGAUGGAGGCACAUAGAUCUUUGUCAACCCUGAACCCAAGUAUGCAGUAAGAAUGGAGUUCUAGACUCAUGUCCUCAUCAUUACCCUUUAUAUCUAGAUCCAUGGAAAAGAAGUUCCCCAAACUGCACGAUGCUCAACAGGAUGUAAAAAGCAAUCCAGUGGUUCCUCACUAUUCUCCUUUUGUUUCCUGUUUUCCUGGGCCUCUGUCCUCAUCAGCUCCAGGAUUUUCUUCAGAUAUUCACCACUUUUCAUUUUCAGCCGAUGAGAGGAAUAUACAGGGUCUAUCCACGGAAGGGACCUGGUGUGCUGAUCAAAUUCAGGGCGCACUUGACAGAUCAGAUAAUGUCAUUGCAGGGAACAAUCAAGCCCAUAGCAGUUCUAUUGAGCUGCCUGAUGAUAUCAAUAGGCAAGAUGAAUGGUGGACUGAUAUGAUGAAUGAUGAUUGGAAGGAGCUUCUUGAUGACACAACUGUGAAUGAAUCUCAUCCAAAGGUUUCUUACCCAGCAGCACAAACAUCCGCUAGUAUGGUGAAUCAACCUCAAAUUCAUCAAUCUGUUCCUUCUCAUUCCGAGGAGGGAUUUACUGUUGCAGGCUCCUCCUCAGCUACAGCUGCAGCAACAAAGCCACGCAUGCGGUGGACUCCAGAACUACAUGAACGUUUUGUUGAAGCAGUCAAUCAACUUGGUGGUAGUGAAAAAGCUACUCCUAAAGGUGUACUUAAGCUAAUGAAAGUGGAAGGCUUGACAAUAUACCAUGUGAAAAGUCAUCUUCAGAAAUAUAGAACAACUCGAUACAAACCAGAUUCAUUGGAAGGUUCAAUGAAGACGGCUAAAUUCGGUGAAGAAACACCACCCCUUAACCUGAAGACGAGCUUUGAUCUCACUGAGGCAUUACGUCUCCAGAUAGAAGUUCAGAAGCAGCUUCAUGAACAACUUGAGAUUCAAAGAAAUCUGCAACUAAGAAUUGAAGAACAAGGUAAGUACCUGCAGAUAAUGUUUGAGAAGCAAGGAAUGUCAAGCCAGAAGAAGCUUGAGGUUUCAACUUUGGAACCAAGUAUUUCUUCUGACCAUGCUGCUGAUGGUCGCCUACAAGACAACCAACUCGAAACCGAUGUAUUUCCCGAGGCAAAAGUAACAGAUGGUUCAAGUAAUAAGCAGAUGGCCGAAUCGUGUAAUGCAAAAGACAAUAAAGCAGAUUUUGUUGUUGGUUCCUCUUUUUCUUGUGGCAGUGCAAAAAUCCAUGACGGGGAUGAUUCUAUCUCAAAACCAGAGUUGAGUUGACUGGAAUCAUUACUUAUUCUUGGAUAGUUAAUGGGAUCAUUGCGUCCAAUGCUCGACGUAGUAGCAUUCCUUCUGUUAAUCAGUGAAUUAUUACACUGUAUAAAUGAUGAUUAUAUUUCAAAUUGUGUUGCAAUGAUAGCGGGCUUAUGGAGACGGGCA